GUCAAGGUUGAGAAACACUGCUCUGGUGCCUUGAAAACUGUGACCUGUGUUCUUCUAUCCUGUUCCCUUUAUUGAAAUAUAUAGAAGGAACUUCUAGAUCAAGUACUUUUAAGUUCCCAGGAAGAAAUGAUUUAUUUUACAGAACCUACAAGCAGGCAAAUGUGAGCCUGAAUAUACCUAAAACGAUUGCAAUGUUUUUGAUAUUGCUAUUAAGCCACAAGUUGAGUCACUGUUGAUGUAACCAUCUGUGUUAAGCUCAGAUGAUUAAUUUUAAGCAUGUGACUCCAGUUGUGGGGUUUAUUGUGUUGGGCUGAGAGGUCAGAAGCUCUAAUAAAAAUUCAGUCUUUCUGUUGACCUGAAGCUCCAGAUGUGAUGGAAGAAGAGAAGGAACCCCCAAGACUGGAUUGUUACAGGUUGGCAAAGAGCAAGACCUUCUCAGGUUUCCCAGAUGUGAAGGAAAACAUGAAAGAGGAGGAGACAGCCAACUCCGUCAGAUAUGAUGUUUCACACAUGACCUCUACGGUUGACCCAUCAGUAAAGGUGGAAGAAGAUGAUCCAAGGGUCCCCCCCAACCACCAGGACUCAGAGGAGAGGGCAAUUGUUGGAAGUUUGUGCUCAGCAGCAUUUCCUGUGGUGGCAGUCAAGAUGGAAGGAGAAGGAGAAGAAGAACCUCAGAGGUCUGAUCGCCAGGGUUAUGAGAUAGGAUUUCCUGGAGUGAUAAUAAAGGUGGAACCUGAAGAGGAGCUGUGGCUCUCGGAUCCCCAGAGAUCGGAAGGAAAGGCAUCUGGCUCUGAGGUUCAGUCAGAUAAUCGUUUUGUGAAAGAAGAGGACGUUGCAUCUGGAAGCAUAAAGCACGUGGAAAUCCCUCGGUCCCUGACAAGAGGAAAUACGUUCCGGAGUUUGAGCCGGGCCAGCCAGUAUAAAACUGAACGACAGCAAGGCAGUCCUAUGGGGAAAAGAUUUGGCAAGAAGCCGUACAGGGCUUCAAAUUGUGGGAAGAUGUUUAUAUGGAGAAAGUAUUUCCUGGCUCAGGAAAAGAGCUACCCAGGAGAGAAACCAUACACGUGUUCCUACUGCGCGAAGACAUUCAACAUGAGAUCGUACCUCCUUGUCCACGAGCGAACCCACACGGGAGAAAAACCCCACAAAUGCUCCCUCUGUGGGAAAGGUUUCACCGUGAAGUCAUACCUUAUUGCUCACUGGAGAACGCACACCGGGGAGAAGCCCCACGUCUGCUCCUUUUGUGGGAAAAGCUUCAGCGGCCGAUCCAACCUCAACCGACACCAGCGAAGCCACACGGGCGAGAAGCCAUACACCUGCUCCGUGUGCGGCCGGGGCUUUAGCCAUAAGGCGCACAUGAUCCGGCACGAGCGGAUCCACACGGGAGAGAAGCCGUAUAAAUGCUUGCAGUGCCUAAAAAGCUUCAGCCAGAGCUCCACUCUUACUUCCCACGAGCGGACGCACACGGAGAAGCCGUUCAAGUGCUCCCACUGCGAGAAGAGCUUCAGCCAGAGCGCCAAGCGGGUGGCGCACGAGAGAGCCCAUAUGGGUGAGAAACCCUUUGAAUGCCCCGCGUGUGGCAAAGGUUUCAACCACCGGUCGGAUUUCAUCAUCCACGAGAGAAGCCACACAGGUGAUAAGCCCUACGCCUGUCCUGUCUGCGGGAAAAGCUUCAGCGGACGAUCGAACCUUACCAGACAUGAGAGGAGCCACACGGGGGAGAAGCCGUACCUCUGCUCCCUCUGCGGCAAGGGCUUCUGCCAUAAAGCCCACCUCUUGCGCCACGAGAAGAUUCACACAGGGGAGAAACCGUACAAAUGCACCGUCUGCGGCGAGAGGUUCAAGCACAGGAUGGACCUCAUUGGCCACGAGCGGGGACACUUGGGGGGGAAGCAAUACAUGUGCACCGCCUGCGGGAAAAACUUCAGUGGGAAGUCCAACCUCAACAGACACAAGAGGAGUCACACCGGGGAGAAGCCGUUUACGUGUGUGGUGUGCAGCAGGAAUUUCAGUCAUAAAGCCCACCUGAUUAGACACGAGAGGAUCCACACUGGGGAGAAGCCCUACGCAUGUUCCCACUGCCCCAAAAGUUUCAACCAGAGCUCGACCCUGGUGGCACAUGAGCGGAUCCAUGCAGGUGACCAGCCCUAUAAAUGCUGACCCUGGAGAAACAGCGUCUCCGGUCUGACUGUAAUACAUAAUACAUACAUAAUGCACACGA